GCCAUGCCACCUCGUCUGUCCUUUUACGCGUAAGAGACGAUAGGCUAUGAAAAAAGGAGAAAUUACUCCUAUUGCAUUCGCCGACAUCUCCAAGGCGUUCGAUACAGUGGACUUUGCGGUAAUAAUAAAGAAACUUCAUGCCAUUGGCUUUUCACACUCAUCGUUAAAUUGGAUUCUUAACUACCUUACUGGUCGGAAACAACUUGUUCAAGUAAAUGACAGCCAAUCUGAACUGGCGGACGUGUUGUUUGGUGUUCCGCAGGGAUCUAUAUUGGGUCCCAUGCUUUUCAACCUUUACGUCAGCGAUCUUCAAAAUGAUUUUACCUGCAGGUGCUUCCAAUACGCCGAAGAUACAACAGUUUUACCGUAGACGUACACCUAAAAACCUCAGUCAAUGUGUGCAAAAAAUGAAUGACAACAUACAGACUCUCGAAACUUGGGCCACAGAACCAAUCUCUUGUUGAAUGAAAAUAAGACUAAGCAGAUGCUCAUAAGCACUCGACAGAUGUCAAGAACUCAUAAUCUCGGAGACAUCACGCCACCUCUUACCAUAAAGAAUCAAUCCCUUGAGAGAGUUGAAAAUUUCGGAAUAUGACACCCCAACAUACUAAAAAGCUAUUAGCAGAAAGUCUUGUACUUUCUAAGCUAAACUUUAAUGAUGUCGUUUGCUAUCCUCUCCCGCAUACCUACAAAAGAAAAUGCAACGUGUGCAAAACGCUGCUGCCAGCUUCGUCACUAAUCGUUAUUGUUCAGGAAAAGAUGUCUUACAGCUUGGACGGCUUCCAACCUUGGAGAGAACUCAAUUAAACCUACUCAAGCAUACUCACCGAGUAAUCUACAACAAGGCCUCUUGGCCUGAGUAUUUAACCAUGGAAGUAUAUAACCCUGGAAGAACGUUACGCUCUAAUGCAGCACCACGAUUGUCGAUUCCAUUAAUAAAAGGAACUUUUCAGGAGACAACAGCGAACUUAUUCAAUGAUCUUCCUCCAGAAGUACGAUCAUGUGCCGACUUAAACGUAUUCAUGAGGGAAGUGAAACAAUUACUGAAAUCCAGAGCACUCCUACGCCUUGAAUAGACUUAUUUGUAUUGUAUUAGUACAAUAUUUCUUCUUAUUAACAAUUUAGCUUAAAUUUAUAUAUAUAUAUAUAUAUAUAUAUAUAUAUAUAUAUAUAUAUAUAUAUAUAUAUAUAUAUAUAUAUAUAUAUAUAUAUAUAUAUAUAUAAAAUAAGUGCAACGAUCUUUAUUACUAUUAGUUUCGUACCACAAGAUGUGGCACUCAUCAGAUAAAUUAGCCUUAUGACUACAGCAGAAAACCUACAGUAUUUAUGUACAAGUGGAUGAAAGCUUUAAAGUAAUCCUUUUUACAAAGCACGCAAAGCAAUUAUUUUGUUACUUGAUAAAAUUGACAGGACGCGGAAGUAUUAACAACACAUCAGCAUAACGCCAAGCUAUUAAGAUUGCGCGGUAUAUUUAAAACAAAAAUAUGUCUGUCUCGAGUGCAUGUCCUUUAAAUGUUAGCUAAAAGAAAUUUUUUCGCAUGUCUACAUGAAGACACUAAUUCAUUACGUUUGUUCAAAGUAGCUAGUUCAGGUUUACAUAUAAUAAAGUAUUUUUCCCACAGGCAGAGAUUACAUGAUCUAUUAGAAGCAGGGCUGUAGGGUUUGGCCCGUUUCAAGGUUUGCCAUUUAAUAUGAAAUUCAAUUCCUUUGCGCUUUAACUGCCAGACAUAUUUACUAAGUUCAGUGGAGUUCCUUUUCUCGUACAAAGUAAAUGAGGUUUUGUGGUUGUAAUAUCUAGUUUUAAAAGCGUUUUCAGUCAGACCAACGUAUGUUUGAGGUGGACUAUUAUCUUUGGUAGAAACUGUAGCUUGAUAUACAAUAGAUUCGAUCAAACACUUUUUGGACAUUGGGCACUCCUCUUUCUUUCUACAGUUACAUGUGCUUUCUUCACUCGUUGUGGCGGUUUGUGACAGUUUGGUCUUGUUGUGUCCGUCGAUGGUUUGUUUGAUAUUAGGCAUGCAACUGUAGCUUAUUUUAACAGUGUUGCGGUUGAAUAUUUUGUGUAGGGGGUGGCCUAUCGGGAAUUCAUCAUCGAUGAUAUUCAAAAAUGUUUGUCCAAUAUUUGUUGAUACAUUUUUACUAAAUGGUGGAUUGUACCAAAUGAUAUUACGUCUUCGAUUUCGGGUUCGAGGGGUUGUAUGAUUAAGUGGGUGCUUGUACUUUAACUGGUGUUUAUAACCACUAUUCUGAAGUGCUUGCUGGUAUUGUUGCGAGGCUUGUUGGAAUGAUUUCUCAUCGGAUGAUAUUUCAGUUAGGCGUUUGUUGAUAGACAGUGGGAUAUUGCGCAGGAUAUUAGGUGGGUGAUUAGAUUUCUUUAUUAGGUUUGGCGUAUGGUUGAUAUUUCCUGGUUGACAAAUUAAGGGUAACGUCAAGAAAAUUGACUAUUUUCUUGUUAGCUUCAAUUGUGAUUUUAAGUCCGUAUUUGUUGAAAAUGGAACACAAAUCUUUUUUGAUAUUUUCUAUCUCACGCGCUGUCGCUUUAAUGACUCCUAACCCGUCAUCUCUAUAUAAUCCGAAGUUGUUUCCAUAUAUAUAUAUAUAUAUCCCUCUCAAUAUUGUCGUGAACUGAGACUACUGAUAUAGAGCUUUAAUAAAAAAUAUGCUAUUAUUAAUUUUCAGGCUGUUGUGUCCAAAACCUAGAUACUGUAAGGAUCAUUAUAGCUAAAAUGUUAUACUUAUGUUAGGAUUGUUUUCUUAGUUGAAGUCUUUUAUAACCUUUUACGCAGAGUUGACAAGGAAGAUGAAAUGCAAUGUUUGAUCAAGGGAUGUAACUUCAUGCUUCACAAUAUUCCUAAUGAGAUUUUUGAAUUCCAUCGUGAUCAAGGGCCUCAGUAUGUUUUCAAAAACUUGCUUGGAUCGGAUUUGUUUCCUUACUUGCUCGUCAACAUUGGCUCUGGAGUCAGCAUUCUUAAGGUGCGUGAUAUAUUUUUGUCCUAUAACACAGCACAAUUAGUGAAAUGGAACAAAUAAACAAAACAAAACAAAACAUAGCUAAAAGCAACCUCAUUCCUAGGCUCUUACCUCUUGUGGAGAAAAGACCCUAGCUGGUAGGAGCUGGUCACGUGAUCUGCAAAAAUCUAGCAGAUUGUUAAUUGAUGAUGAUGAUGUUGAUAAGUAUUUGAUAUUUAUAGUUUAAUUUAUAACUUGCAUUUUGUUUUGCAAGUUUGAUUUGAUUUGAUUUUACAGGAAUCCAAGAUAGUUAAUUAGAAAUCUGCUCAAUUUUAGCAGAUCACAUGACCAGCUCCUGCCAGAUCUUUCCACAAGAGUCAAGAGCCCGGAAACGAGGUUGAGCUAGUACGCACUGUAAUAUAAUAAUUUUAUAAUAAUUGUAACUUCAGUACAACUAUGUUUUCCAAAAUGUACUUAUUAUGUAUUAGAAGCCGCUCCAAGUGAAAGAAUGUAAAUGAAUUAGCGGUUAAUUAGAUAACUAUUUAACUGUUUCGAAUUUGCCUACAAGAAUUUCAACUGUUUUUUUUUCUUUUUUGAACAAGAAGAGUUUUCUUCUUUUCAAGAAGGCCUGGCUUCUAUAUUCAACUAAAUCUCGAAAAAGGUGGUUGGGACAAUAUUCGCGCUAUAAGAAAACCCUCAACUAGCUUGGCUUUUAGUUUUGCGUUUUUACUGACCUGCAAACUCUUGAGGCCCUUGAGUUUCUCGCUCACCAUCGUAUUUUGCAUAAACUUGUCAUAAAAAGUAAAAUCUUUUUUAUAAAUAGGUUGAUUCGUUUGAUAGCUUUGUUCGAGUGGGUGGAACAAGUAUGGGAGGUGGGACGUUUUGGGGCCUGGGCUCGCUUCUUACUAGUGCUAAGGUACUGUUUGAACACAUACAAUGCUGAAUAAUAUUGAUAUUUUGAUGUUUUUAGCCUGCUCGCAGCCUGAAAUUUCGACUAACACAAAUUACAGUCUGCUGAACAGGAAAGUUAAUCGUGUACCGUGACGUUGCACUUGUGCGAAAAUAACACAUUGGUUGGUUAAACGAACCUGGUACAACAAACACACAGUGACUUUAUAAUUGGUUUGAUUUGUGAUUAUUGCCCCUGCAUGACAAGCGGAAGGUGGUGUCUCGACACCUUGCCAAGUAUAUCAUAGUUUCUACCACUGUGACCAGUCUUGCAAAUCGUUAAUUUAAUCUACGCCCAUAUACUGUUGAAAUGCAAGAAAUGCAAACAAAUGUAUAGGUAUAUAGCUCGUUGCAAUUAUGUUCACAUUUUUCCAAUCUGUUUCUUGCGUGUGAUAUUGUGACGAAAUCAAAUUUAUCUACGUCAUGGUACACGAUUAUACUUGGGAUUCAACAGACCCUUAUUUUCCGUUUCAUAAUAUAGGGCUGGAAGCAGGCUAGUUUUUUCGGACACGGUCGAACCCGUGAUUGUCCAAAUAUUUACAUUUAUUUAGGGAUUUGACGAAUUGUUGGAUCUUGCUAAAGGUGGUCAACAUACUAAUGUCGAUAUGUUGGUAAGAUAUUUUUACAUUAGACAGACGCUUGCCAUGUCUAUAUGUAAUUCUCAAAAGAUGGUGGAUUGUCAUCAUUUGAAUGAGCGAAAUUUUAAAAACAUGAGAAAGUUGUUUCAUGGAUGAAGAUAGCCGCGAAGAACGAUUUUUUCCCUUUCAUUAUAAAAAAGUGAUAAAAAGAAAUAUGGUGGGAAAUCAAAGGAUAUAGCAAGGCAAUGCUAAAACGAAGGAGAAAGUAUAAGUUUGUUUAUGUGUCUUUGUUCAUUAUAUGUCAUUCAGUUCUCCAGUGUUUGGGUCUAUAAGUUCCCUUAAAUAACCCUUAGUUUAUAUUUUAAAAGAGAGUGAAAUUAUUCUUCAUUUUAAGGAUAAACGUUAUCGGCAAAGAGAAGCAGUUACAUUUUAUGAACAUUUCGAAACGAUUUGAACUUUAGAUGUAGUUUACAGAAUGCCAAUAACAUAGCUAUAUCUUGCAUGCAUUGGUAUUAUUGUCAUUUUAUACAAAAUAUUACCUUAGCUACCAAUAAUCGCGCUACAAUUCUUUUGGUCAACGUAAACAAGGCUAUAUCUGUUGGCACCUCUGUCUCUGAUUUUGGCUUUAUAGCCGAAAAUAUGAGAAUUUUGAAAUUUUGCCUACUAUUACUAGUAUGUUCCCAAAAAAUCCAAAAUGUCAAGUUCGCUUUUAGCAAAAAUAAACUGUACCACUUGAAAGUUCGCAAAAAUGUAUAGCAAGUAACCUGAUUUUUUAGCCAAUUUUGAGUUUUUAACGCUCAGAUAUGAAGAAAAUGCGCUAAUUUAUGGUAAUAUUGUAAUAGCUACUUUAAGCCUCUUUAACUCAAAACCAGCUUGGAAAUCCGCACUAUACUUGCUUAAAUGUCUUAUAUCUACUUUUUUGCGAACUUUCUAUUAUGUUAUAGUUAAUUUUUUUUGUGAAGAGUGAAAUUUUGAAAUUUUGAAAUUUGAAAUUUUUCAUUUUUUAGGCAAAAUUUAUUAGGUAAUUUAUUAGGCAAAAUUUCAAAAUUCUCAUAUUUUUGGCUAUAAAGCCAAAAUCUGAUGCGCCAACAUAUAUAUAGUCUUUCAGAGACUACUAUUUGCAUGCAAUUAGCCUUUCUCAUGCAGGAUGACGAAUAUCCGCCAUUUUUGGGUGGCAUCUAAUUCUCGUUAACCCGAUGCAGACAAUUAAAAACAAUGAUGUGAAAAGCAAUUUUUCAAAAUAAACUAACCAUUUACAAAGCAAAUUUACCAUCAUUCGUCCACAAAAUUAUAAAAAGUCGCUGUUAUAGUGUUAUGUGGACUUAUCUCGCAGACUUUGGCUGAAAAGCCACCCAAAAAUGGCGGCGUGAGAAAGGCUAAUUGCGAUUCCAUCUCCCAUGAAAUGUAGUGAUAUUGCUUGUCGGGAACUGCGAGUUCAAAAUAUGAAAGUUUACAUGCAGUAUUUCGCAAAAACAAAAUUAUGUUUUAUAUACCGCGCAUGUGCAGUGAAUGAUUAAACUCCAGGCAAAACGCAAUGUUUAUAUACCUGCAUGCUUAAGCCCAGAACUGCUGUAUUGGUCAAUAAGCUGAAACAUAAUUUGGGACAUUCGAACGACGGCAGUGGAUUUAACUUUGCAAGUCUUUGAAAUAUUUUUAUCUUACAUUUCAGGUUAAAGACAUCUACGGUGGAGAUUACUCAUUAAUAGGGUUACCUGGUGAUUUAACGGCGUGCACGUUUGGUAAGGCAGUUAGGUCGGCGAUGUCAGACAGUACAACGAACGUUAAUAGUAAGUAUGUAAUGUGUAGUAUUUUGUUUAAUUAUUUUAUACUCGUUCCGGCCGUAAGCCCGGGCCGUGGUUACUAAUUUUGCUCGGCUAUUUAUAUUUACACUCGGGAAAAGGAAAGCAUUAGCGAAGUCUAAAGUUCAUCAAUAAUUGCGGGAGCAUGCAUGGCUAUAUGUUUCAUCGUGCGUGGGUAGUCAUCCUCACUGACCUCAAAAGUAUGGCGAAUUUUAGGACUGGAAAGAGUAUUAAGGAAACAGCAAAAACCAUUCAACUCGAAAAAUCUUUAAUGAGACGAGCAGCCAAACAGUUUAUUUGUUUUGCUUCAUAACAAAAGAUCAGGGGCAAUAGAUUGCUGGAAAUCGUAAAACCUAAGGUAAGUUUGUUUCAAAUGUUGAUGUCAGUAUUGUUUGCUUUCUAUUAAAUUGCUUUAAAAACUGAUGUUGCGUAUAAUGAAAAAGACAGCGUAUUUAUAGUGUAUACUUUCCAUUUAAUUACUUUUUUAUUAUUUUAGAUUAUUAAAAAUCUUUACUGUAAAUAAGGAAGAGAGCAAUGUUACUUUCGUACGAGAAUUGCACAAUUUGAAAUCAAUGUGAUAUUUUGGGGGCUUUGUUUUCAAUUGUAGAAAUAUGAAAUAUAAAAUUAUCGUGUUACUAUGACAACUACUUCAAAUAUUUCAUGUUUGGGAAAUAGUUGUUUUGCUUGCAAAGCGAGGAGUCCCUCCAUGCAUGUAAUUCUAGUAAUAUAAUAUGUGGGCGCUCUUCGGUCAAACAUUUUGGAAAAGCUAGUCAAUCGUUUGGUAAAUAAUGUAUAUUUGAUGAAUUUUAAUUUGCCGUAUUAUUUAUAAUUAUCAAAAUAAAUCGGAUACUGCAGAGAAAAUUUAAAUUUAACAAAUAUAAAACAUUUUCCGUGUUGAUAUACAGUUAUAUCAACGCAAGUGGAAAUUGGGAAAACGAGAAAUUGUAUGGAAACACGACGCCUUUUAACACAAUUUCGAGUUUUCCCAAUUUCCACCAGUGUUGAUAUAACUGUAUAUCAAUACGCGGAAAAAUGCUUUAUAUAUUUUUUUUAAUAUAGCACAAACAAAUAUAAGUAUAGGCAAUCAUGCGAUGGCGAGUACAAUUAGAGAUUAAUAGUACGAGUGAUGUUUGGAAAUUUUGCCAAAAUUGUACGAGCCGCCGGGGCGAGUCCAAUUUGGCAAAUUUCCAAACAUCACGAGUACUAUUAAUCCAUAAUUGUACGAGCAACAUCGCAUGAUUACUUGUUUAUUAUUAGCAUGACAAAAUUGGAUACUUCUUAAUGUUAAGAUCAUAUAUUCUCUCGCCAAAGCCCAGUCCUGCCUGAUUUUCAACCAAAAUUUUAUGCUUCUGUCCAUAUUUUCAUUUGUUAAAGCACAAUUUUUUCUUUUGUUAAAGCACAAUUUGGGCUUUUGUUCGUAUUUUCAUCUAGUUCCUCUAGGGCAAUUUCAAUUCACGCUUGUAUUUAAAAUACCUUUCCGCCAUUUUGUUUGUUGUGGGAAAAUCAUUAAUUGUACUGCAGUACAAUUAAUGAAAUAAUUGUACUCCUCUCAACCAAUCAUGCUAAUAAUAAAGAAAGAAAUUUUCCGUGUUGAUAUUAUGUCAACACGGCUCUUAGCCAAAUUUGGUUUUUCUUGUCUUUCGAGAAAAAGGAACCAGUACUACCACAAUUCCCUUCGAUGAAAGGAAGAAAUGCUUUUGGCAGCUAAAGUGCAUUUUAAUUGUCAGUGGUUGCUUUUUAGGAACGAAAGGAUUUUCGGAAAAGGAUAUAGCAAAAAGUCUUUUACACAUGAUUAGCAAUGAUAUUGGGCAGGUGAGUGCCGAUGAAUGAACGCAAUCUUAAAGAAAAAAGGUGAUUUUAUUUGCUUGACAUUUGUUUAAAAUAAAAAAAUGAGAUGUCCAGGAUGUUGGUGAGCAAUUUCAUUGCGUUCUAAAGCACUUUAAAAUUGGUAAUAUCAACUCAGUGGCUAAUGGAAGUAUAUAGAGCUUUUAACAAUGUCUGAACUCUCAGAUGCAACACCUGUGUUAUAUCAGCAAUAAUUUACCCAUACCAUCUUUUUUAGCUUGCUUCCCUACAUGCGAAGCUUUAUGGUUUGAAGAGAAUUAUAUUUGGUGGCUUUUUCAUUCGGGGAUAUCCAAUUACGAUGCACACUAUUACGUUUGCAAUAAAUUACUGGUCCAAGGUUUGAGAGGAGAUUAAUAUGUUAUAUAAUUAUGGAGUUAAUUUCCUGUUUAAUUAAGAAGUUGAUUUUCUUUUUCAACUAAAACACUUUAUUUAGAAAUGCAUUAAAACUGAUUGGUUAUAUAGCUACAGCAGAAAUUAACCAAUUAAAGAGUAGUUUAGAAUUGGAAUAUCGGAAGUAUAAGCAAGACGUAUAUAGCUGUAAGAGGUGCGCAUCAACUUUGUUGCCCAAGGACAUGAUUUACUUCUAUUUGAAAACGACAUGACCGUAAAAUUGCAAUGAUGCAUGCAAUAGUCAUUCACGUUUGAGAUACAAUUAAUACUUUUUACCCAACUUUUCAUAUAAAAAUACACUUUAACCUUCACCUUAGGGAGGACAAAAAGCAUUGUUCAUGCGUCAUGAGGGAUAUUUAGGAGCCAUUGGUGCCUUUAUUAAAGGGGCAGAAGAGGAAGCAGGUAUAGGCAAAUGAAUUCGCAUAGAGGACCUGAUACAAAUGAUGAUGUCAUAACAUAGUGUCACAACCACCAAAUUUCGAUCUAAAAUUGUUGCUUUUUUAUUAAUGGUUAUCUCUGCAAGAAGAUGGAUUGUUGACUAAGUUUCUUUGUUGUAUAGCUGCUGAUGGAUCACUAUUUUAUUGGAACUGGGGAGAAAAUUAUGCUGGAAGUUCUGGAUUACCAACGAAAACGUUUAAAACACCACAACUUCAUGCAGAUGUUAAGGUAUGUAUGGUGUUUUUCCUUCUGAUAUAAGAUGGGGGAAAACACUCGGACGAUUUCACAUGUGUGUUAACUUAUUUCUUUUGACUUCUAUAAAUUGUUACAUUUUCUAUGAUUGCUAUGGUUGAUCGGCUUAUGCAAAAUUUGACAAUUUUUAGCAUUUUCAACAUGCCGGGUGUGCAAUUGUAGCAUAUAUUUCUAAGCAGUAUUCUAUGGUUGAUCGACUUAUGAAACAUUUGACAAUUUUUAGCAGUUUGAACAUGUCCAGCCUGCAAUGGUUUCAUAUAAUUAUUUAUAAGCAGUACCGUAGGUUACAUUAAACCAACCAUGCAAUUUAAGAAAUACAUUUCUUCUACUAAGUUACAUGCAGUACUUACUCUAUAAGAACCGCAAACGUUGUUAUGAGCUCCUUGCGCACGAAUGGAAUCGAUAUUUAUAUCGGAAUCAAUGUCAUUGCAAUACGCAUUUUGUAUAGUGUGAUGUGUUGGAAUUAGACAGAAUGGAUAGAUCCCUUUUGCCAUUUCCAUUGCUGUAUCGUCCAAGUAAAUAUCAUCCUGAUACUGAAGAUUUGACAGCUGAUGAAGCUGCGCAAGAUUAUUGGUUGGGUUGUUUUGAAUCUGGUUUACACAUGGU